CAUACAGGAUGUUUCAAAACGUAUGAUCUGAAAAUCGCAGAUUCUUCUCGCCGGGUUGGUUAUCGGGAACGAACCGACGCGACACAGUGGUUCAGAAAUGGAAUUCAGCUGGUCGGGCUUCGCAAUGAAGAGAAUAAUUUGUAAUUUUUUAAGUAAUGAGAUUUAUUAUCUUACGUUGUUGUGGUAUACGUCGCUGGGCGACUGUAUAGCUAACAUUGGGAGUGACAGAAAAAAUGUUAGUAGUAAGCCUUGUAACUUGAAUUAACAAUAUACCAUAAGCGGCAAAAAUUUUUAAUGGUUCUUACUUUGAUGGGACAUUGCAACUGAAGAACGCGAUACAAAGUAUAAAAAUGAUCUAGGUAUUUAUAUACUGUUAAACCGAGGUUUACAAUUGUUCAGCACAAUUGCCGUGGUAUUAAAGUAUUGUCUCUAUAUUACAACCUUUGCUCGAGUUAAAUAUUGUAGAAUUAAGUUAAUUAAUAUUAUUUUCGAUUCAGACGAAGCAAGAAUCUUAUCCUUUUCGGUUUUGAUAAACACCAGCAAACGAAGGUUAGAGUGCAGCAAUUAAAAUAAUGCCUAACAGUCAAUUAACGUAAGUACUGUAUGGUUAAUAAUGACUCAACAAGGACUUGAAUAUCCGAUCUCACCUAGUUCUUCGUAAAAUGAACCGUACUGGUUACGUACUGAUCGUUUAUUGAUCUCUAACUGAACCCGAACUGUUAUCGUCGCCACUUUUUUUAAAAGUGGCUGGUAAUUAUUUAUUUUAGCGAUUCCUCACCGAUUUCGAUGACCUUGAAAUAUGUUGUCAAGGUCACAGUUUUGAACAUUUUUUCUCUAUACAUGUUACCGCCGCUCGGCCUCCGUUUUCGAGAUAUUUCCAAAAAUAAUUUUAUGUCUGAAUUAGCCUCGGGCUGAGUUGGAGAUAAAUUAAUAAACUUUAUUCUCAAUUAUUAUUAAUGGAGAUUGUAAAAAUUUCUGCCAUUAUAUCAAAAAAUUCUUGUAUUAAAAUCAUACUUUAGCUGAAACAAAAAUUCUGCAAUGUAACCGACAUAAUGCUCUUUCCGGGUCCCAUAUCGUGGAAUAUUGGCUCUUGUUUGGCGAAAAGACCAGUUUUCGUUCUUUCGUGCGCAUCUUCGCCCUGAUUGGUGGUACUCCCAAACGAAGUAGAAAGCGAUUAGCGGAGAGCUCGCUGCGUUCCCCCACCAUCUUUCAACCUGCGCGCCGCAGUUAUGGACUCUUGUGAACUCCGCUAUAUGUACUUAGCUUCUUAUUUUUUAGUAUGCAGGGAUCGAUAUACCAUGCGCCGAUCCUGUUUCAUGCCCAAGAAUUUGUAUACAACUUACUGAUUCGUAUCGUUGGACGGACUAUACGUGUCGCGACGAAAGUGCGACGUUGACGCAUCGUAGACGACCGUCCAUUUUGCUUUAUGUACUGGCUGCAGGAAGGCGUACAGUAAGCAACUACGCGACGCGUUGUGAACGAACGAUUUAAAAUUGAUACUUUGGCGCAAGCAAAAUAGUUUGAUCCAUCAUGCAGUUUCGUAUCGGAGAAUAUUUCUUAAAGUUUAACAACAGCGAAGAAAUGCUUGAACACAUAGUGGCAUUUUUUAAAAUAAUUCAAAAGUAUCCAUACUUAUACGACCAAACUUUAUCGGGGUAUUUAUGGGAAUAUCUUAAAGAAAAUUCAUGGAAAGAGGUAGCAAAAGAAAUGAAAUGUUCAGUUAACACUUGUAAAGAGAUAUGGAUCAAUAUUCUAUACAUAAUGCUUCUAAGCAAACUGCUAAAAUUAAGUUUCCCCGAUACGUUGGAGUUUGUGUUUUUCAUGGAGAAAGAAACAAGAGAAACAUUGCCUUCGAUUCUAGAAGAUCAUUUGAUGUCACCAACAAAAAACAAAUGGUUCUCCUGCAGACGAUUAUGGGAAAUCAUUUCUCAUUGGUUUGCUUCCCUAUUUUCAUAAAUUUUCAGACAAUGAGAUGCGAAACUUUAAAGUCAAAGUUUUAAUGUUGUUGGACGAAAUUAACAUGGUCGCAACAUGAUGAACGCAUUAAAUAAGAACCAACUGGAGAAAAAUCACCACCACCUUGCGUUAUUUCACAUGUCACCUACUUCUUCAUCCAUCGAUUCUGUUACCACUACAUAGUUUCAACCUACUUCGUUAUAUUUUACUUCUAGCUCUGUUCAGUAUGAUACAUUAACACUACAAACUAUGGUAAAUACACUUAUGAUUAAUGAUUCAAUUCAAAAAUAAAUUUUUUAAUUUUA